UGCUAUACCAAAUAAUGGACGUUAUUUAAUUGGAGGGCAAAGUUCUGACCCAGAACCAGGAAUGCCAAUUAAUGAAUGGACAGUUCUCAAAUAUAAAUGUGAUCCUGGCUACUUUUUGAGUGGUAGUGAAACCAUAUUUUGCGUAGGAGGUUCUUGGAGUUCUAUACCAUUAUGUCGAAAAAUGUGCAAUCCACUUACCUCAACUAGUGUGGACAUAUAUUGCGUUUACAAGAAUGAAGAAGUGUCAUGCGAAAAUCCCAUGGCGGCAGGAACUACGGCAGAUUUAACUUGUAAAAAAGGAUACACACUUUACUAUGCACCUGACAACACGAGAAUAACCUGUGAUAUUGAUGGAACUUGGAAUUCUAGUCCUUUCAAAUGCACACCAGAAUGCGGUCUUCCAACUCCAAAAGGUCACGGAUUGAUCAUAGGUGGUCAAAAAGUUAAGGUUGGAGAUUUUCCUUGGCAUGCAGGAAUUUAUGAAAAAAAUGAAACAGACAAUAGAUACAAUAAGCAAAUAUGCGGAGGAUCAAUAAUUAAUGCGAAAAUGAUUAUAACCGCCGCUCAUUGCUUUUAUCCGACCGGUGGUUCGGAACCAUAUGAUAAAUCAAAAUUUGCCGUUGCUGUAGGAAAGAUUUACAGAAGUUGGCUUGACGAGCGAGACGUGUUUGCUCAACUCAACAAUGUAGAUCAGCUUCUCAUACCUUCAACGUAUGACGAUUUGAUUGGCAACUACGCCCAAGAUAUUGCCAUUGUUAUUACACAAUUUGCAUUAACGUUUUCACCAUUUGUACGUCCAAUAUGCGUGCAAUGGACGUUCAGGGGCGAAGAGGAAGAAUUGAAGCCAAACACACCUGGAAUUGUAUCCGGCUGGGGUUUGACGACUGAGAAUGGUGAGCCAAGUGAAGAACUCAAAUCCAUAACUCUUCCAAGUGUUCCCCGAUACGCAUGCCGCGAGAAUUUUCCGGCCGAUUUCCGUCCAUAUUUGACGCCCGGAAAAUUCUGUGCCGGAUAUCAGAACGGUAGCAGCGUCUGUCAAGGGACAGCGGCGGCGGCCUGUUUUCCUCGGGCAUUGGACCAAAACACAACCGUAUACUUCCUCAGGGGCAUUGUUUCCUGUAGGGCCAACUCGGGAUGGAUCAUGCGACUCUAA